CCUGCCUAAACUAAUCCACCAGCAACAACUCUUCUAAGUAAUCAAUAUCCUUUACACAUAUGGUUCCCCACACAUUGUGAAACACAUGUGCAUCGUAAUAUACGGUGAUUUUUAAAUCAACAUAUAAAGAAAGAUGUCGGAUAUGCAGGAUACAAUGUUGUUGGGCUUUGAGGGAAUCAAGAAAACUAUUCUGCAUGGAGGGACCGGAGAGAUUCCAAAAUGCAUCUCUGGAUCAAAGGUGACUUUUCACUUCCGCACCCAGUUGUGUGAUGAUGAGCGCACCGUGAUAGAUGACAGCAAAGUGGUGGGGACGCCCAUGGAGAUAGUGAUCGGUAACAUGUUUAAAAUGGACAUCUGGGAAACCCUGUUGUCCUCCAUGAGGAUCGGUGAGGUGGCUGAAUUCUGGUGUGACAUCAUUCACACUGGCAUUUAUCCACUGGUGUCCAAGAGCAUGAGGCGCAUUGCAGAAGGCAAAGACCCAGUCGACUGGCACAUUCAUACAUGUGGUAUGGCCAACAUGUUCGCCUACCACAGCCUGGGCUACGAUGACCUGGAUGAGCUGAUGAAGGAACCAAAACCCCUCUACUUUGUCCUGGAGCUGCUCAGGGUGCAGAAGCCCAGUGAGUACAACAGGGAGACGUGGGCUAUGAAUGAUGAGGAGAGGCUGAAGGUGGUGCCUGUGCUUCACGGCCAAGGGAACAAGCUCUACAAACAGGGGAACUAUCAAGAAGCCACACAAAAGUACAAGGAGGCCAUCAUCUGCAUCAAGAACGUUCAGACAAAGGAGAAAGCAUGGGAGGUCCAGUGGCUGAAACUGGAGAAGAUGGCCAACACCAUAACGCUCAACUACUGCCAGUGUCUACUGCGCACAGAAGAGUACUACGAGGUCAUCGAGCACACCACGGACAUCAUCAACCAGCACCCAGGUGACAUGAAAGCCUUUUUCUUGCGAGGAAAGGCCCACGCAGAAGUGUGGAACGAGGCGGAGGCUCGACAGGACUUCAGCAGGGUGCUGGACCUGGACCCAGGCAUGAAGAAGGUCGUCAAGAGGGAACUGGCCUUGCUUAAUAUGCGCAUGGAGGAAAAGAACCAAGAGGACAAGAACAAGUACAGAGGCAUGUUUUGAGAGGAGGGGUUGCAGCAGAGGUUUGGAGAAUCACAAAAGUCAUGGCUGAAGAAAAAGGAUUAUGCUAGAACACAAAUCACCAAGAUUGAUUGUACCUUCAACAAACAAAUCCAACUCCCUGCAGUGACUUUCACAAGGUCUGGGAGAUACCCCCAGAUAUAUAAGGAGGAUGUAUGAGCUGCUUCUUUUUUGCCUGUCUUUCUUUGUCAUCAGAAAUAUGAAAUGAACUUCAAAAAUGAAGAACUUUGCACACUUGUCAUCUUACUUAAAUUGGCUGCAUUUCAAGGAAAUGUUUUAGUGCUUAAUGUGGUUGUUGGUAUUGAAUGUGUUCCCAUAUAGCAAGGCAUUGAGAAGCACGAAAACACAUUAGAUUAUAGAUUUAUUUAGUGGUUAAAUCAAAAGCAACUUGAGGUCCGUACACAUUAACCGUUCAAACAGGAAAAUGGCAUCAGUCUCCAUCUAAUUCUCGGAAAAGGAGUGCAUAAGUGUAUUUCCACAAAUGUCUUCCUUUGCUACUGUUCUGAUUUGUAAUAUUGUUGUGGGUUUUUUCCAGAUCAUGUAUAAAAAACAAAUUGGAUUUCAAUGUUUAAAAUGUUCCCAACAGCACCACCAAAAGUCAUGUCACACUUUGCCAUUAUUUUACCUAAAAAAGUUAAAUUACUAAAGUAGUUAUUCCCUAAGUGUUAUCUACUGUAUAUUGAUUUGACAUGUAACUUCUUAGUCUUGUAAACUCAUUGGCCUUCCACAAGGUGGUGCUCUGACCAUGAUUAUUUUAAUGGUUCACUGUUGGAGAAAUAAUUCUGAGCCUAUACUCUGCGUUCUCAGUUUCAUGAACGGUCUAGGGGCUCGUAAAAAAAAUAAUCUGGGAUGCAUUGCUCGUCUCCUUCUUUUCUCUUCCUCUGUACAUUUUCAAGAGAGAAGAAAGAAACAGUGUAAUGCAAAGAGGACAACACUAAUACAUCUGGGAAAUGCAUUAAGAAAACAUUUUUAUGCACUUAUGUUUGUGCACUGACAUAAAAUACAGUAUUAGAUCAAUAGGAUGACAUCGCACAGAGAGUUCAGUUUCAUUCAGGGAAUCCCCAUUCAUCACGAUCCACACUGUUCCCCCCCCACACAUCAUGGCCACAGUUCACAGCCUAGCAUAGCAGUCACUCAGGGAAAUGAGGCUGACUCUAAUGCACCAGUCUAAUGAUGAAGAAAAUCAAUAGGAGCAGAUCAAAGAAGGGGGGGGGACACACAGAGGAUCAUGAUUAAACAUUCAAGCUAUAGCAUCCAUCCCUUUACAAACACCUUGCUAAUGCAGUUCCUGCUGCUGAGUCGUGCCUAAUCUUGGGAAGGUAAACAAGGAGACUAAAACUGUGGUUUGAUACAGCACUCAUUAGAGACCAUAGGCAAUUUAUCUCUGCUCUGAGCCGGUAAAACCUUUUCUUUAUGUUCACACUUUAAUACCAUCAAUGCUAUUUAGAAAAUGGACUUCGAUGAAGGAGAUUUAUAUGAUGGGGCUGUGCCGUUGGAAACCCUGCCCUAGACUAAAACACAGGCCCACAGUAAGUUCUGCAUAGCAGCACAAUCCGCAGUUGGCUUUCCUCCAUAAACCACUGGUGCUGAUGUUGAAAAGAGGGAAAGAAAGGGAGGAGGCAGGAGGAAGAAGAGGAGGAGGAGGGGGCUCUGUGCCCCUGCUCCAACAGGAGUUGUUUCAAGUUAGCCAGAGAAAGCAAAUGUGAUACAGGAAGUAAGGCAAAAGUGUAUUCAAAAUAAAAACCUGUAAAUGUUAAACGUUUGUGAACGAAAUAAAU